AUGGUUUCGUUUGUAAAUCCAUCAGGAAAGAAGUUUAGAUCAGGGAAAGACGUGGAAAGGUACAUGAUAGAAAAUAACCUUUGGGAGAAAGUGAAACGGGUGAAUCAAGUCGAAGUCGAAGAUGAAAUUACCCACUCGAGAGAUGGUUGUGAUGACGAGGCGGUCGACGCAUGUGAGAUUAAUGUCGACUCUGAUACCAGCGACGAAGAAUUUGCGCCAACUGAAGUCAGUUUUAAUGAUACAGAUCUCAACAGCAAUCAAGAGUAAGUAGAAAAGUUUGGCUAUUUUCCACAUGAUACCUCAUUUGUUUUGAUAGAACGUUAUUACUUAUUUGUUGUUUGGUGUAGUGUGUAAAAUAGAUCAUACGGCAUACUUGUACCGAAGCCAAGCAAGGCACACACAACUCACAAGUUCUGGUCUAUAAGAGUGAAAGACUAAAAGCAACAUUUUUCCCGACCCCUGCUACUGAUUUCCCGACGAAGGACCUUUGCUCGAAAGGUUGAAUUUCAUCUUGUUUUGUUCAGGUAGUUGCAUCCCAACCAACCGAAUUCAAAGUAUUGUUAUUAGUGGUACUACCUACACGCCAACAUACCGUUCAACGAAAUAGAUACAGGACUAUUAGGGGUAUUUUGAUUGCGAGAAUAUGCGCAUUUCCCUCUACGUUAAUUUGCAUUUAUUUGCAUGUGCAUAUGCAUUGCAUAUGACGGGAAAUGAUUGCUUGGCAGACAAUGCAUGGAAAUUCACAAGUUCAAACCAAACACAUUUCACAUUUUCGCUCAGUAAUAUAUACUUGAGCCUAAACAAUAAUUUAUCAGUAUGCGAAAUACAGAUGUUUAGGCUCUACAUCUGUUGUAUAUUGUGAGCAACUUUAUAGUCGUUUUAGCCAGAAAAUAGCUGAAACAGGGCCUGGUUCUUUGGAUUGACCAAGUUGCGAGAGGAAAUGACAUAUAUAAAUACCUAUAUAAACCAAUAUGCCAUUGAGUAGGCCAAAUAACCCCUUUCCCCUUAUGUCUAUAUGUGUACUUCUCUGUUUUUAUACCUACAAUAUUUUGCAGGAUAAGCAUUUGUGAUGGUCUUUUCGUUGGUAUGGCCUCAAGCAUUGUUUCUUUGGUUAGUGAUUUCAACAAGUAUUUCUGUUGCCCAUCAAAUGCUGGACAGUGCAAAGGUAGGAUUACAUUUUGCACCUUUUACCACUGUAAACGAAACUGAAAAUGACUGAUUGAUAAAUUUGUUAGCUUCACUAGGGCAAAAUAAGGAAUAUCUCAGGUUUCUCAUCUGAAGUUUAUUAAAAAAGUAAUCCAAUCUCAAAAUAAGAUAUAUACAGUGACAAAUGGGAUAUACCCAUGGUUUUUAUGUAAUGCAAUAUACUGUAUUAGCUCUCGGUAUUUAUUUUUUGUAUUAGCUUUUCGGUAUUCAUAAAAUAGUUUGGUGUUCUUCCGAACAUAUCCGCAUGGGAACCAUUGGACUUUGGAAAUAUUUUUCUAUCUCCAUCUAAAAAUUUUGAAAAAGUAAAAUGCGGCACCAUUUUUAUACGUGGACACUGAUGAGAAACCGGGAUAUUUUUAUUUGGCAUAAUGCAAGCUCUGUUAUAAAACAUUAAUUUGUAUGCUUCUAGGAAAGCUUGUACUUAUUGCAACAAAUAAGAAACGUCGUGGUGGCUCCAUGAAGUUCCUCUUUCGUUGCAACGGCUGUUGGAAAGAGGAAAUCUGCUAUAGGAGCAGCCAGUUGGCUCUGAAUUCCAGACGACAGUUGGUGUCCUUAACCUUGUCUUUAGCAUUUUUUGUUAGUGGUCAUGGUUAUGCAAGUUACCGUAAAACACUAGGAAGGGGUCUCGGGUUGGAAGUUCUUUCAGAAAAGCCUUUUUUAGAAAUUAUACAUCAUGCCUUCCCUUUUAUAAAAGCAAUUUUAGAUGAGAUAUGUGAUGAUGCAAAGCAUCAAAUGAAAGAACUCUCAUCAGAUGUUUUAGGCUCUUGGUCUCGUGCUGUUACCACAUGUGAUGGUUGUUGGCAAAUCAGGGGGUAUUUUAGUCAAAAUUGCACCUUUAUUAUAAAAAACUAUCUGACUGGUGGUCUUCUUUAUUAUGGCCAUCUGUCAAUGAGAGGUGCAGACAGUAUUUGUGAUGAGGAGUUAUGGCAGGGCACAGCAAAGGCUGCAGAGGGUCACUUGGCUCAAGUCUUAUGGGCCAAAGCAAAGGAGGAAGAUAUGAUGGUGGAAGUGAACUGGCAAGAUGCCGACUCCUCAUCUGCAUUAGGUUUCAGAUACUCAUUUCCCAAUGAAUUAGAAUCCAAAGUUAUGUUGUGUGGGGGGCAUGUGGGAAGGGCCCAUGGUAAGAAACUCCAAGAGCUUCAAACGAAAUUAUCUGUUACUAAUCAGUUCAUCGCCCUUCACAAAGAGCAGUUCCCUAAUAUAACAUCGGUGAAAUGCUGUUGUGUUGGCAAAAAGCAUACGUUUGUUUCUAAAAAGAACAAACCUGCAUGUGGUUGCAUCGGUCCUGGAUUUAUCCACAGUGCCAAAAGGAACCAUUACUGUGCUCUUGUUCAAGCUGGUAACGACCCUGAAAAAUACAGGGCAACCAUGCUCACCCUUGGCAAGUACCACUGCAGGGACAUACAUCAGUGGGAGGGUGGGUCAUGUUCUUUUCAUCCGUUAGUAAAGUGUAGCUGUAAAAAGUGUGAUGUUGAUGAAAAUGGGUUUUGCCCAGAUAUGAAAUGCUCUGGAGAGCCAUACCACUCUGCUCAUGUCCUGAAGUGUGACUUUCAUGGGCUUUUAUAUGAGAUUGAGUGUGCUCGCAGAGCUAAAGAUGCAGAGAAUGUCAUAAACCCUGAAUUAGGUAAGUGUCAUUCUAACCUUCCCGAGUCAUCAUUUAGUGUCUUGACUAAGUUCCAGGCUAAGGACAUCAACCUGCAUCAGUUGCACUACCAGGCCUCUACGAACCUUGGCUUACUACAGUCAUGUAUGACCUGGUGUUACAAAGUUAAAGGUGCUGAAUACCACUGGAUAUUGGAGCUGUAUUCAAGGAUGGGAUUACCCAUUAUUGAUGGUAUUCAAGCAAUGGUAUGCAUUGUAAAAAUGUGGUGUAUACUUUUAUGUAUUAAAUUGUAUUUCCACUAAUAUUUCCAAAAAUCUAAGUGCCGAACUUACCUGGAUUAACAAAAAUUGGCUGGACGAUAAGUAUUUAUUGAUUUGUUGUUGUUGAAUUUUUAUGAUCGCAGUGUCAGCAUGACAACGAAAAGCGGAUGAAGAUGCUGGAAAAGAAAAGAAGUGCCGAAGGGAAGAAGAAGAGGGUGAAGACAAAGGUUGACCGUGCAGAGGAACAGAAACUAAGGUAUAUCAUUGUUUCUUGACUAAAACUAUUAUAGCAAAGCAAUGGAAUUGAGAUUCUAUUUUUGGUGGUCUCUGUAGGGUGAUACAACUACCUGAAAAGACAAAUAGAACUUUGCCGUUCUGAGCAAAGGCCCUCCAUCUCAAUGUGAGUAGCGUGGAGCAGGAAAACAAUUUUGCUUUUAUAUUACUGAAUAUAAAAUUAUGAAAGCUUUUAUAUGCAAUAAUAUGAAAGUGCCAAGCCACUCAAUUGGCCUUUGCUCGAAAUGUUGAAGUUCUAUUUAUAUUUCUCAGGAGGUUGUAUACCAUAACCUACACAGAUCACCGCUUGUAUUCGUCGCUACCUACACUGGUACCCACCAUUCAACAUUUUUUGUACAUGUUGUCUUACAUAUCUCAUACUUAUUUUUAAUGUUAGGAAGAAAUAUACCAAGAAGUGCCAGAUACAGCAUUCGUAUGGUGAUGAGGAUAAUGGUAUAGAUGAAGAGGUAGCCAAGGCUGUAACUGAGAGGGCUAUCAAAGAAGGCGAAGCACCCGGUGUUGUCCUCCCAGAUGGUGUGGUGACUCCACCUUUGGGUGCAAAUAUUGUAAUUGGUGGGAAAAAUUGCAAAUGGUGUGGCAGCACGACUCAUGUAAGGCGGAGCCACAAAGACUGCCCUCAUAACGUUAAAAAAGAUAGCUAA